AUGAGGUGGUUUGAUGGUCUGGGUGCAGGUUCUAUUAACUCCUUCAAGAAGCUCACACAAGCGUUUGGGUCUCAUUUCAUUAUGUGUAGUAAGGUUCCUCGGCCCUUAGAUUCUCUAUUGUCCAUGUCCAUGCGAGAAGGUGAGAUCCUGAAAACGUACUUGGACAGGUACUGGGAGAUGUUUAAUGAGAUUGAUGGGGAUUUUGAUGACGUGGCUAUAAGGACCUUUAAGGUCGGACUACCCACCAAGCAUGAUUUGAGAAAAUCCUUUACCAAAAAGCCAGUAAGGAGUGUUCGUUGGCUUAUGGAUCACAUUGAUGAGUACAAGUGGGUUAAGGAAGGCCAACAGCAAGGCAACAGGAAAGGUAAGGUUAUCUCUCAAGAGAUGAGGGAUUUCAGGUCGGAUAGAUACAAUAAUAACAGACCUCGAAGGGAUUUUGCGGGACAAUCUGGAUCUACGGCUCCUUAG